UGGGAAAUGACUAGGAGAUUCCGCGUGACAGACACGUGUACAUGCGAAGGUUUGUUUCCUGAAGGUUCGAACUACGAUGGUCGCUCUUUGAGUAAAGACAUCGAACGUUUGCAGAGGCACACAGAAUACGACAUGCAUGCAAGUCGAAGCAAAGAGGAAUGAGCGGGAAAACUUCGGAACUCUCUUCGUCCAGCUGUUCAUCGCGGUGAAUCGUCCUCGUCGAUGUUGAGCAUACUUAUAAAAUGCAUCGUUCCACCAUGUCCCGUUAUCUCAGCCCCAGUUACUCUCAGGUACAUCUGGGAUACACCCCCUUCAAUUGCCUACCGAUUUCUCUACGUGAUUGACGAAAGUACUAACGCUUCAUGGCUCCCUCUGAUUUUGCGAAAGCCUCCAUCCCAGACGUGGUGGAACAGCUUACGACUGAUGAGGCCAUUUUACUGACAGCAGGAGUGGGCUUCUGGCACACUCAUGGCGUGCCACGCCUGGGCGUCCCUGCAAUCAAGGUCAGCGACGGACCAAAUGCUCAGAAUAUCAAUGUCAUCGCUCAAUAAUGGUCUAGUCUGAUUUUUAAAAUAUUGUCUCUUGAACAAUGUCGAUCUUCUGUGGAGACGAGCUGUAUUCUAUGGGACUCGAUGUCCUUUCCUUAUGCCUUUCCACGCUUGAAAACUCAUGUGUAUAACUAGGAAUUCGGGGUAACCAUUUCUUCAUGGGCACCCCCGCCAAAUGUCUGCCUUCCGCAACCGCCCUCGGAGCCACAUUCGACCCUACACUCAUCGAAGAAGUGGGGCUGAAGCUUCUCGCUGAGGAAGCCAAACUCAAGGCUGCCUCAAUCCUCCUAGCACCUACAUGCAACAUCCAGCGUAGCCCUCUCGGCGGGCGGUCGUUCGAGUCAUUCUCUGAGGAUCCAUAUCUCUCUGGUAUGAUCGCCGCUGCCUACGUCAGAGGCGUUCAGAGCGGCGGCAUCGGCACCGCUAUCAAGCAUUUCGUUGGAAACGACAAGGAAAACGAUCGUAUGGGAUCGGACUCCGUUGUUUCUGAGCGGGCCCUUCGGGAGGUAUACCUCAUGCCAUUCAUGCUGGCUCAGAAAUAUGCCCAGCCGUGGAGCUUCAUGACUGCGUACAAUCGGGUGAAUGGCACUCAUGUGUCCGAGAAUGCCCACAUUUUACAAGAAAUUCUUCGCAAGGAAUGGGGUUUCGAAGGGACCAUCAUGAGUGACUGGUUCGGUGUAUAUUCCAUUGAUCAUGCUUUGAAUAAUGGCCUUGAUCUCGAGAUGCCUGGUACAAACAAAUGGCGAACUCUUAAUUUGGUUAACCGAUCGAUCGAGAGCCGCAAGGUUAUGGCUCGGACAGUGAAAGAGCGUGCCAAGAAGGUCCUGGAACUAACACAGAAAUGUGCUCAAGGUGCUCCCGAGGUUUUGAACGGCGAUGGUCUUGAGUAUACCCGCGAGUCUGAUGCCGACAAGGCCCUCAUGCGGCAUAUCGCUUCUCAGAGUAUCGUUCUCCUCAAGAAUGAUAACAAUCUUCUACCUCUGAAGCCUAAGGAACAAGGUCUAAAAAAGAUCGCUAUUGUUGGUGGAAACGCGAAAGCCAUCGUUCUCAGUGGUGGUGGAUCAGCAAGUCUCAAGCCUAGCUACUUCAUCAGCCCGUAUGAGGGAAUUGUCGAAGCUCUCGGCUCGGACGUUGAGAUAACGUACUCGGAGGGUGCCCGAGCUUACAUGCAGAUGCCGACAUUGGAAUAUGAUAUCUUUACCAACGAGGGUAAAAGAGGUUGGUUGGGAGAAUGGUACACGCAUGAGAACGACGAGAGCAUGACACCAGUUGACCCACCUGUGAAGACCCAAUACAUUGAUGAGACGAGACUCUUUAUCAGCACUUCAUACCCUGAAGGCAUUACUAAACGGUGGACAUUGAAGCUGCGUGGUCAGCUCAAGCCUCGGGAUCACGAUUGUGAUUUCGAGUUUGGCUUGAUCUCGGCCGGUCGAGCAAAGCUCUACAUAGACGACAAGCUCGUCAUUGACAACUGGACUCGCCAACGUCGUGGCGAAGCUUUCUUCCAAGCCGGCUCAGAGGAAGAGCGAGGCAUCUUCCCCGUUAAAGCCGGCAUCGCUCAUUCUAUCUAUGUCGAGUUCUGCAAUGUUCGCGGCCCCGCAGACACCGAUCCAGAUGAAGCCGUUAUGGACGCUAACCCAGGUGUACGUCUUGGAGGUGCAGAAGUCCAAGACCCAGACCAACUCAUGGAAGCUGCUGUCAAACUUGCAUCCGAAGCCGAUGUCGUCGUUGCUGUGGUCGGCUUAAAUGCUGAUUGGGAGACAGAGGGGUAUGAUAGGACGACUUUGGCUCUUCCUGGUCGAACGGAUGAGCUUGUGUCUCGCGUUGCCAAAGCCAACCCUAAGACUGUUGUUGUAACUCAAGCCGGAUCAAGUAUCACUCUUCCCUGGGCGGAUGAAGUUCCGGCUAUAGUACACAGCUGGUACUUGGGUAACGCAACAGGGGAGGCGAUUGGAGAUGUUCUUUCCGGCAAGGUCAACCCCAGUGGAAAGCUCAGUUUGAGCUUCCCGAAAAGCUUGGAGGAUGUCCCAAGCCACGGCCAUUUCCACACAGAGCAUGGCAGGGUUCAUUAUGCCGAAGAUCUCUUUGUUGGAUACAAACACUAUCAUCAUCGCAAGAUCUCCCCCUUGUUCCAUUUCGGACACGGUCUCUCAUAUACCGCCUUCGAACUAUCUGACCUCAAGCUUUCAACUCCAGUUGUGAGCCAAAGAGAUGUUGAGAUUGUGGCUUCGGCCACAGUCAAAAACACUGGCUCUGUCCCUGGUACAGAAGUCAUACAGCUAUACGUCACUCUUCCGUCCACUUCUCCGCUGACGCACCCACCGUUGAUGCUGAAGGCUUUCACAAAGGUUCGCGACUUGGCCCCAGGACAUAGUAUUAGCGCCACUCUCAAACUCGACAAGUACGCUGUCUCAUACUGGGAGGAGCGUAUUGCGAGUUGGGUGGUGGAGAGUGGCUCGUACGUGGCGCGGGUCGGAACCAGCAGUGCGCCUGAGAACCUUGUUUUAUCAGGCCAGUUUGUGAUUGAGAAUGGCUUCGAGUGGAAUGGACUCUAGAUACUGCAACUCCGGCAUCAAUAAAGCCAAGAACGACACCAAUGUACACUAGAUAGAACCAGCUAUACCCCCAUUAGCCUUGGUUCAAUUGUAAACUUGUCAACGACUGGAUAGCAACUGGGUGAGUUAUACUGUAAUGUAUGCCUCAGAUAGGGUCCGAAUUGGGUGGUACCGUGAUGUCCAUCACAAAUGAGUGGUGGUGUGAAUUUUCGUGUCUAGCAACGAUGAAAACAUAACCUGAGUAUGCAGUAGUGACC